AUGGAGGCGGAUCCAGAGCUGUUGAGAUGGUCUAGUAGUAAACCAUCCAACAAUGAUACCAACAAUCCUGGCCCGUCACAACUAGUGACAGCAGAAGAAAGAGAUCAAGCUUUGUCUCAAGAUAGCAUCUCAUCAUUGUCCUCUGAGGAUGAUUCUCUAGAAGGUGAAGUUUACGAGGAAGAGGAUUAUGAAGGCGACGACGAUUAUGUUAACCAAAACUAUGAUGACGAUGCCGUCCUGUCAAGGAUUGCACGGAAAAGUCGGAGACCCGGCUUUUCUCAUGGAUAUGACGACGACAGUGUUCGCAGAGUACCCAGACGUGGACCGCUGAAACCUGUAGAGCCGACUGCGGAAUUCAAAAACCUACAAUCCGAGGCUACAUCUGCUUUCAUUGACGCAGACUAUGAGCGAGCUCUUGAUUUGGUGAAACAGGCAAUUCAUCUGAACCCAGAAAUUUUCCAAGCUCAUGUUUUACUUUCCGAGAUUUUUUUAGCCCAGGGCCAGAAGAGAAAGGCAUUAUAUGCACUUUUUACCGGAGCUCAUACUCGAAGAAAGCCAGAAAUCUGGCUUGAGGUUGCUAAUCUAAUUCUAGAAAGAGCUGACAGCGACCGGGCGGCUGCAUUAGAUGACGUUGUUUAUUGCUAUAGCCGUGUGAUUGAUAUCGACCCAAAGCGAUACGAUAUACGGUUUGAACGGGCGGCAAUAAAUGAAGAGCUUGGAUACAAAGGCAAAGCAAUUCAAGAAUAUGAAAAGAUUCUCGAGGGCCUUCCCCAUAACACGAACGCCUUGCGUCCCUUGGCAGCGCUCUAUAUUGAACUAGGGGAGAUAGGAAAGGCCAGAGCUCAUUAUGAGACAUGUAUAUCAUACUAUAUGAACCUCAAUCCCGAAGAGGUGGAGGAUUUCACCUGGUCAGAUGUGAACAUUUAUGUUGAACUUUUUUCCUAUGAGCACCAGUACCUAGCUGGCAUAUCAUCUCUCAAUUCUUUGGCCCGGUGGCUUCUAGGCCGCAAAGGUGAUUCUGGUUGGGACAUGGUUGAUGAUGACCGCGAAUGGGAUGCAGAUGACUAUCCACGCAGGAUUGCAACACCCUGGUUUGUUCCAGGCCAAUACCCCCUUGAGUCAUAUGGUGUCGGAUUACCGCUUGAGUUACGGAUAAAACUAGGCGUAUAUCGCUUGAAAUCUGGCUAUAAGGAUGAGGCACUGUUUCAUUUUCACUGGCUUGAACCAGAUGAUAACUCUCCUGGUGCUAAGCUUUUUGAUUAUGGGGAUUUGUUCAGGGAAGCGGCCGAUUCGAUGAAGGAUAUCCAACUCUAUGAAGAUGCUCUCCGAUUCUAUAUACCCCUUCAACAUGUUCAGGACUUUGCGAAUACUAGUUUGUUUUUGGCAAUGGCUGAAUGCUAUGACGCCUGCGGAAAUACUGAAGAAACUGAAAGAUGCUAUUUAACGGUGGCGGAAUAUGACAAAACCAACAUAGAAGCACGAACUAAACUAGCCCAUUUCUAUGAGAAAAUGGGCAUGACUGACCAAGCUCUCAAGUUUAUUACGGAGGCAGCAGAUAUCGGUCGAGAAGAGGUACUAUCGCGCCGGAAGCCUAGAUUUGGCCCAAACAUUGGGAAACUAGCGAAUCAUUUUCGGGAUAUAGAACGAGCUUCAGAAAGUAUAGGUCAACUGGCCCCUACCGAAAGCACCGUACCCUCAACCGUUGGAGGCAUCACUGCUGCAGAAGAAAGUACCACCAUUGGAUUCAUCCCGCGCGCCGUUACUAGCCUACCGGGUGAGCAACAAGGGCGUGAAAUAGCCUCUUUAAAACCAGAUGGCGAAAACGUAAGGUAUCUAUAUGCAAAGAUGCUGGAAUUACAGCCAUAUAUGCGACAGGGCCAACAGGAUGCUACUGGGGACUGGCUUGAUAUUGCGUAUGCCUUGCUAUGGGAUUUUCGAUCCAACCGAGUUUUCUUCCCCUUACAAAAGAAGAUGACCUUCCUAGGGUAUUCGAGGGAAGCACAACGUAAAGCAGGCAGAUUAAAGUCAACAAACCUCCUUGAUGAACUCCAAGAGAUAUCUAAUCGUAUUCAAGCUUCAAUGGGAACUCCUGAAAUCGAUGCUAGCUCUAUACCUAAUGACUAUCACGGCAUAGACUUUGAUUCUUGGCUGGAUAUAUUCCUUGAAUAUGCUCUUGUUCUUUCCGGUCAGGGGCAAGGAGAUGAAGCAUAUGAUACACUCGGUGCAGCAGCUGAUGCAAGUAUUUGGUAUCACUCUAAACCAUCUACACUCAGAAUAUAUAUUUGCUGGUUUGCAUGUGCUCUUCGACUCAAGGAUGAAGACAGAUUGUCUGAUAUUUCACGAUGGUUUAUGAAAGAAUACCAGUUCGUCACUGAUGCUUACAGACUCUUUGUGACCCUAAGCAGGGUUUGUGGAAACCCCCAGAGAUCUCUCUUUCAUUCAGCACCAAGCAUGAAGUUUAUGCUUCGACAAGUCAAAGCUGUCGAUUAUUCACUUCCUCCCGACCCAUUAUCGCCAUUCAAACGCUCGCCCGAGUCUAUAUAUCAAGAACGCGCGAGUCUCACGACCAAAAAUUCAGAGGGCGAAUAUAUACCCGCGGAGGAGAUGGAUGUUGCCCUGCUGGUGCUAUAUGGACACAUCCUUUAUGCUGGCAACAGUUUUACAAAUGCUUUGAAUUACUUCUUCCGCGCAUACGCCCUUGAUCCUGAGAAUCCAGCCAUUCUCCUGUCCAUUGGACUCAGCUAUAUCAGCCAUUCGCUCAAGCGUCAGUCAGAUAAUAGACAUUACCUUGUCAUGGAGGGCCUGUCUUUUAUGCAAGAAUACCGUCGGAUCCGAUCCCAAAGCUCAGUCUUACAGGAAAGACAAGAAGUUGAAUUCAACUUUGCUCGUGUUUGGCAAUUGCUGGGAAUUGGUCAUUUGGCUGUCGUGGGCUACCAAAAGUGCCUUGAAAUAGGUGAGGAGAUCGAAACCGAACGUCAGAAGGCUCAAAAUCCAAAUACGGUCGAAGGGACAACAGUGGGUGAACAGCGUGGUGAGGCCUGGCUAGAAGAUUUCUCUCGACAAGCAGCGUAUGCAUUGCAAUGCCUCUAUUUGCAGUCAGGCGAAAAAGACUUAUGCAAGAGAGUUACAGAGAAAUGGCUUGUGAUCUGA